CAGCUGUGGAUAAGCUUAGGCAAAGUUGCCAUUCUGACGUCAGUAUUUCCUGAGUCUGUUGAAGCUGCAGUGUGUUAACCUUCCCUCCCCUCCCCUCUCCAUUCCUUCUCACUGCACACACUCUCACACUUCAAGGCUGAUGCAGGAGUGACUGCUUGACGUUAAGAAUUCUUCUCGACACUCCAGCUGUGUGCUGCCUGUUCCGGAUCUAGUGACUGCAGAACACUCUGUGCUGAUACACACACACAAUCUCCACUCCAGCUUUUCUUUUCAUCAAUUUAUCUUCAGUUGGAGAAGAAACAAAAAGGACAAAAGCUAUUUAGAAUCUGAAUGGACAGUUUAUUCUGGCUGUGAAGCAUACGAGGUGACGCAUCGUACAGUGUUGGCGUCUGCCGUUCACACCAGGCAUAACCAGGGCCGGCGGAGGUGCUUUUAAAGUCAGAACCAUCUCCAAGUAGUGCUGAAGGCCUUAAUCAACCAGGACCUGACGCUGAAGAGAUACCAGGAACUCUUCCCUGUUUUUUUAGGUUCCUCUGUGGUGGACCAGUUGGUGCAACAUGCCUGCAAAGACCCCCAUGUAUCUAAAGACAUCGACGCCCAAGCGGGGCAAGAAGCAGAGACUACGUGAUGUUCUGUCGGGGGACAUGAUCAGCCCUCCCUUGGGUGACUUCCGGCACAGUGCCCACAUUGGCAGGGCUGGCGAGGGCGAUAUGUUCGGGGACAUCUCCUUCCUGCAGGGCAAGUACGACCUCCUCCCGAGCCUCAACGGGCGGCCCGCCUCGAAGAGCGUCGAGAAGGGGUACGGCUACGAGCGGCCCUUCAACAACGGGGCAGGCGGGUACCCCACCCUGCUGAAGAACGCCAUUUCCCUUCCUGUGUUCGGCGACGCCCACGAAUCCCAAGACCAAGAGCAAGCUCCCCCAAAGCCCCCCCGGCUGCACCUGGAGGAGGGUCCCGGCCAGAGGUCCAUGUCGGUCAGCUGCACUGCAGAGUGCUUCCAAAACCACCAAGAAAGGCCCACCAUGGUGAUGCUUGACAAGAAGGUCGGCUCAUCCGUUUCCCUGUCCGCAGCGUCGCACACCUCCUCGGAAAUCUCAGUCAUUGGCCAGCUGGACGGGAAGAGAGCCAUGAUCUUCAACAGCGAGAUGUCCCUCAACCAUGUCAGCCCCUUCCCUUCUGAUUCCUACAUGAGCGGCUCAGAAUCCUCCCUUGGCUUGGACUUGGACUUGGGGCCUUCAAUACUGGAUGACGUUCUCCGAAUUAUGGAUGGGUACAAGCUACACUGAACGAGAAAAAAGAAAGCUAAUGUGACUUUGUUCAGUGAGUCAGAGAGAAGAUGAGAAAACAAAUCUGGCAAACAGAAUCCUAGUAUUUACUAGUGAUGGACCAAGGAACUCCUUCUUGCAAGUUCGAUCGGAGAACAAACUUGGAUACUUCCAGCUUUUAUGUACUCAUGAAUUUUAUCAUUCGAAGCUGGAACUCCAUCCAUGUUGGAGUAAAGAGUCUUGCAAAGUUAAAUGAACAAAUAUAUAUAACGUUUUGUCGCUUUUCAUUCACUGAACUGCUUUCAAAGGAUGAUGCAAGGAUUACGCGGAACUAGUAAUGCUUAACCCUGCUGAAUUCCUGAACUUAGAUGGUAGAAAGCAUGCACGAUUGGAUACGAAAGUAGAAUUGAAGAUG